AUGACAUCAGUCGCGAACUCCAAGCCCAUUCACACGGCGGCAUGCCUGAUUAUUGGGGAUGAGGUGCUCGGUGGAAAGACCAUCGACACCAAUUCCCCAUUCCUGGCAAAGUUCUGCUUCGGUCUCGGCAUCCAGCUGAAGCGCGUGGAGGUCAUCCCCGACGAUGAGGAGGAUAUCAUCGAGGCAGUGCGCCGUAUGAGCGCUCGCUACGACUUUGUCGUGACUAGCGGAGGCAUUGGUCCCACGUUACCACGACGACAUAACCUACCAAUCGAUCGCGAAAGCGUUCAACCUGAAACUGCAACUCCACGAACCGGCCUUCGAACGCAUGAAGCGCCUCUCCAAACCCCACCCCAUGCAACCAAACUUCGACUGGAGCACCCCUCCCCAGGCCUAACCGCCAAACUGCGCAUGGUCGAGCUCCCCUUCGACCCCGCCCUCCCCGCCGAGUCGCAAGCCCUCUUCGUCGCAGAUGACAUGUGGGUGCCCAUCGCCGUGGUAAACGGCAACGUGCACAUUCUCCCCGGCGUACCGCGGCUCUUCGAGCGACUCCUGCUGAACCUGAAGCCGCUUCUUGUGCCGCGGUUGGCGGAUCCCGAGGGCAAAGGCACGUUCCGGUUCUUGUUCAGCACGCCGUUGCCGGAGAGUGCGGUUGCGCCGUUUUUGACGGAGUUGGCGGCCAAGGUGGAGCCGAGGGGGGUUAAGGUGGGCAGUUAUCCGCGCUGGGGGAAGAAGAGGAAUACGGUUACGCUGGUGGGUGGUGAUAGGGCGUUUUUGGAGUCGUUGGUUGCGGAGGUUGAGGCUGGGGUGGAAGGGAAGUUGGUUGUCAAGGAGGAUGAGUUGGAUCCUCCUUCGGAUACGGAGCAUGUCUAUAGCCAGUAG